AUGGAUCUUGGAGACAGAAAAUUUGGAAGGGGUAGGCAAAACGAUUUCAUUCUUUAUCAAAUUCUGUUUGGAUUAACUUUGGCAAGCUUGGCAAGCUUUGGAUUAACUUUCUGCAAAGUGGGAACGAAAAGAUGGCUACAACGGGAGGAGUUGGGGGCAGUGGCAGGUUGCAAAGCUAGUUAUCUGCCAAAGAUGCAGUUACCCGAGCAUGUGAAUCUGCAGCUAAAGUGCACUGCUGAAAUGAGUACUGUUGUGGGCUGGAAACAGUGUUUUCAGUCGAUGGGGAUACAAGAAAAGGGUCCAGUUCAAAUACUGUCAUGGGAGGUGUUUAUUGUUUGA